AUGAUCUUUUACCUCUGGCCUUCCGGUUCGGGGGAACACCACGAUGCCCACGAGGACGAACGUACACAAGGCCACGGGGAAAAGGAUGGCGAGAUAGAGGAGGAUCCGGAGGGGAAGCCUACUGAGGGUUACUACGAGGCCCCAGAAAAAGAGCAGAAGGUCGAAACUGAGAAGAAGGCGGAUAAGAAGGAAGUGCCCGAGGAGAAGAAGAACGGGUCCAAGGAGGAUGGAAAGGAUGAGAAGCCCAAGGAAGACGACUCAACGACGGACAAUAAGGACGACAAGAAAGUUGACUCCAAGGCCGAAGAGGCCAAGAGGGAUGAGUCUCGGGAGGAUGCUGGAAAGAGUGAGGACAAUGACAGCGAGUCAAAGAACUGA